UUUUGUGGCUGGCUCAUUCAUUCAGUCAACCAAUCAAUUUUCAUUUUUUCAUUUCUCUUGGAAAGUUAUCGGGAUUGUUUGUUUAUUUUGUUGAAUGUUAUCAUUCAACAAUCAAAGAACUAAUUAUCACUUAGCUUCAAAGAAAAGUUAUUUAGUGUGACUGAGAAUAAUAUCUGUCUCUAAUCAUGAGUAAUUUCGAAGACGAGUGGCAAGAAAAUGAACCGGUGGCUACAAUGCCGGCACCUCAAGCACACGCCACUUACCAUUCCCGUGAAUACCGACCAAGUCGAGGAAGAGGCAGCUUUGGAGGAGCCCGGGGUCGCGGCAACGACAACAAUUGGCGUGACCGCGGAAAUAACAGCAAUAGCAAUGGCGGAGGCCCCAGUAAUCGGCGCAACUUUCAGCAAAAUGAAGGUAACAAAAAAAAUAUAAUGGUACCCUCUAACAAGGUAGGCCGCAUCAUCGGCAAAGGAGGAUCUAAAAUACGCGAACUUGAGACAGAAACCGAUGCUAAAAUUAAAAUUGGUGAUUCAAAUGGCAAUGAGACAGAUGUGACUCUGUUUGGAACACCUGAUGCUAUUUCCAAGGUCGAAGGUUUAAUAAAUGGCCUCACUGAAGACUACAAUAGGCCUCCUCCUCAAGACAGACACAAUGAUAGUGCUAACAGUGGAGGCUCUGGUGAUUUUUUAAAGCAAAAUGAAUCAGGUGUACAAGUUAUAGACUGGGACAAACUUAAUGCCUUUUAUGAUGAACAACAACAAAGUAGGUGGGAGAACCUGCCUCCCAUUAUUAAAGACUUCUACAAAGAAGAUCCAGAAGUGGCUGCCAUGCCUCCUGCUGAAGUCGCUCGUUGGAGACGUGCCAACAAUGAUAUACAAGUUAAAAGGACCUUCGAUGAUAAACCUGGACUUCGACCCGUUCCAAAUCCGAUCAUAACCUUUGAGCAGGCAUUCCAGCACUAUCCUGAAAUCCUAGAUGAAAUUUAUAAGCAAGGCUUCAAACAACCUUCACCUAUUCAGAGUCAGGCUUGGCCCAUCCUUUUAAGAGGUGAAGACUUGAUUGGUAUUGCACAAACAGGUACAGGCAAAACAUUGGCUUUUCUACUCCCAGCUUUGAUACACAUUGAUGGACAAACCAUACCCAGAGAUCAGCGUGAAGGACCAACAGUAUUAAUUAUGGCCCCAACUAGAGAACUUGCCCUGCAAAUUGAUAAAGAAGUGUCCAAAUACCAAUAUCGUGGCAUUAAAUCAGUCUGCCUUUAUGGAGGUGGAGAUAGAAAAGAGCAAAUCAAAGUGGUAUCGAAAGGAGUGGAUAUUGUCAUCGCUACUCCAGGAAGACUGAAUGAUCUGGUUAUGGCCAGGCACUUGAAUAUAAUAAACUUCUCUUACAUUGUGCUAGAUGAGGCUGACAGGAUGCUGGAUAUGGGAUUUGAGCCACAAAUCAGGAAGUCAUUAUUUGAUGUUCGUCCGGAUAGACAAACUGUCAUGACUUCAGCUACCUGGCCUGCAGGUGUCCGACGUCUUGCUGAAUCAUACAUGAAAGAUCCCAUUCAAGUCAAUGUUGGUUCUUUGGACCUUGCAGCGGUACAUACAGUCACUCAGCAGCUAAUGUUUGUUGAUGAAGAUGAUAAAGAAAAAGUUCUUUUGGAAUUCCUUAUUAACAUGGAACCUACUGACAAAGUCAUCAUAUUUUGUGGUAAAAAAGCCACAGCAACUCACAUCACUACUGAGUUAUGUCUCAAAGGAAUUGAAUGUCAGAGCUUACAUGGUGACAGGGAUCAAAGCGAUCGUGAAGCUGCAUUAGGAGACAUGGUUGAUGGCACAGUUAACAUUUUAGUUGCAACUGAUGUAGCAUCCCGAGGAAUAGAUAUCAAAGAUCUUACCCAUGUUAUAAACCUGGACUUUCCACGCCACAUCGAGGAGUACGUGCACAGAGUUGGGAGAACUGGCCGUGCAGGAAAAACUGGUAUAGCUUUGUCUUUCAUUACAAGAAAUGAUUGGGCUCAUGCCCGAGAACUCAUUAAGAUACUGGAGGAGGCAAACCAAGAGAUACCAGAUGAAUUGGAGACAAUGGCUCAGAGGUUUGAAGCCAUGAAGUUGAGAAGGGAGAAAGAAGGAGGGGGCGGCGGGCGGGGAGGCCGUGGAGGCCGCGGCGGCGGUCGCAGGGACCGCUGGUAAUUUAAAAAUUUAUAUAUUUCAACUUUAGAAUCUCACUAGAGAUUUCCUAUUUCAUAUGCGUCUGGUAUGCAUGUUUCAAAUAGUAUUAAUGUUUAUUAUGCAUAAUUAUGUGACUUGAUUAGUAGUCACCUUGAUUCAUACAUACCUUUUUAUGCUGUGAUAUAAUUUGACUUUCAAUAGGACUGGUAAACAUAAGAUUUAAAAGUUGCUUCAUUAGUUGACUAGUGUUUUGUUAAUGUUAAUAAUUGGGAUCGUAUACAAAGGUAGCCCAUAAAGAAAGUGUUUAUUUUUUAUAGCAAAGCAUAAGUAUUUGUUAUACUCCAAAAGUUUUUGUAACACUUAAAUAAAAAUACCUUUAUGUAAUAUGCA